UGCAAAAAAUAUUUUACCUGCAGACAGAGAUAGACUUGUCCAAAAUGGCGGACGCUGAUGCGGAAGUACCGUGUGCUGUAGUAGUAUUCAGCGGAAAAAGAAAAUCUGGCAAAGAUUUCGUGACUGACCAACUUCAAAGAAGACUUGGCGAAGAUAAAUGCGAACUAAUCCGUCUUUCAGGUCCACUUAAAUCCCAGUAUGCAAAGGAACACGGCCUUGAUCUUGAACGCUUGUUGGAUGCAUCAGAAUACAAGGAGACCUACAGGUUAGACAUGAUCAGAUGGGGAGAAGAGAGGAGGAACCAGGACCCAGGGUACUUCUGUUCCCUAGCAACAAGAUGUCCUGGAGCACAAAAACCUGUCUGGGUCAUAACUGAUGCCAGGAGAAAGACAGAUAUUCAGUACUUCAGGGGAAAGUUUGGGACACGUGCAAUCAGUGUCAGAGUGGAGGCUCAGGGGGAAGUAAGGAGGAAACGAGGAUGGGUGUUCACGUCAGGAGUUGAUGAUGCAGAGUCCGAGUGUGACUUGGAUGAGGGAGUGACAUGGGAUGUUGUCAUCGCCAACAAUGGGGAACACACACAACUCAGGGAGCAGCUCGAUCAACUUGAACAUUCCAUCAAAGAGAGACUAAGAAACGUUACCUUAGGCUGAAGAAAAAUUUCUGAUUAAUAGUUAAUGAUACCAGGCACUUACAAUAAUACGUUUCAAUGUAUGCACUUUAAUGUGCUUAGUGCUUACUCAAAGUUACAUUUAUGACUUCAUUGGGGAACAAUUAAAUUAAAACUCCACAAUUA